CCGGGCUUCAGAUGCUUCUGGGUGGCGGCGGGGAGAGGUCCCGAGAGCUCGCGUGCGCGCCUGGGAGUCGAGCGCUAGAGCGACCCGGCGAGGGAUGGCGGCCACCGGGACCGCGGCCGCCUCGGCCACCGGCAGGCUCCUGGUGCUGCUGCUGCUCGGGCUCACGGCGCCUGCCGCGGCGCUGGCCGGCUACAUCGAGGCUCUUGCGGCCAAUGCCGGAACAGGAUUUGCUGUCGCCGAGCCUCAAAUUGCAGUAUUUUGUGGGAAGUUAAAUAUGCAUGUGAACAUUCAGACUGGGAAAUGGGAACCAGACCCAACAGGCACUAAGAAAUGCUUCGGAACAAAAGAAGAAGUUCUUCAGUACUGUCAGGAGAUGUAUCCAGAGCUACAGAUCACAAAUGUGAUGGAAGCAAACGAGCCAGUCAGUGUUGACAAUUGGUGCCGGAGGGACAAAAAGCAGUGCAAGACUCACGUCGUAGUACCUUUUAAGUGUCUUGUGGGUGAAUUCGUAAGUGAUGUUCUACUAGUUCCAGAAAAGUGCCAGUUUUCCCACAAAGAGCAGAUGGAAGUGUGCGAGAACCACCAGCACUGGCACACCGUGGUCAAAGAGGCCUGCCUGGCUCAGGGAAUGACCUUGUAUCGCUACGGCAUGCUGCUGCCCUGUGGGGUAGACCGGUUCCACGGCACUGAAUAUGUGUGCUGCCCCCAGACAAAGACUGUUGAAUCUACUGUGUCAAAGGAGGAGGAGGAAGAUGAAGAGGAGGAGGAGGAAGAGGAUGAAGAGGAAGACUACGAUAUUUACAAAAGUGAAUUUCCUACCGAAGCGGAUUUGGAGGACUUCACAGAGGCAGCUGUGGACGAGGACGACGAGGACGAGGAGGAAGGGGAGGAAGUGGUGGAAGACCGUGAUUACUACUACGACACCUUUAAAGGGGACGACUACAAUGACGAGAACCCAACUGAGCCCAGCAGCGACGGGACAAUUUCAGAAAAGGAAAUUACUCACGACGUUAAAGCUGUCUGCUCCCAGGAGGCGAUGACGGGGCCCUGCCGGGCCGUGAUGCCCCGGUGGUACUUCGACCUCUCCAAGGGGAAGUGCGUGCGCUUUAUAUAUGGCGGCUGCGGAGGCAACAGGAACAAUUUUGAGUCUGAGGACUAUUGUAUGGCUGUGUGUAAGACGAUGAUUCCCCCAACUCCUCUGCCAACCAAUGAUGUCGAUGUGUAUUUUGAGACCUCUGCAGACGACAAUGAGCACGCUCGCUUCCAGAAGGCAAAGGAGCAGCUGGAAAUACGGCACCGCAACCGAAUGGACAGGGUAAAGAAGGAAUGGGAAGAGGCUGAGCUUCAGGCCAAGAACCUCCCGAAAGCAGAGAGGCAGACUCUCAUUCAGCACUUCCAAGCUAUGGUUAAAGCCUUAGAGAAGGAGGCAGCCAGUGAGAAGCAGCAGCUGGUGGAGACCCACCUGGCUCGAGUGGAAGCUAUGCUGAAUGACCGCCGCCGAAUGGCUCUGGAGAAUUACCUGGCCGCCUUGCAGUCCGACCCCCCGCGGCCUCAUCGCAUUCUCCAGGCCUUGCGGCGUUACGUCCGCGCUGAGAACAAAGAUCGCCUGCAUACCAUCCGUCAUUACCAGCAUGUGUUGGCUGUUGACCCAGAAAAGGCAGCCCAAAUGAAAUCCCAGGUGAUGACGCAUCUCCAUGUGAUUGAAGAAAGAAGGAACCAAAGCCUCUCACUACUCUACAAAGUACCUUAUGUAGCCCAAGAGAUCCAGGAGGAAAUUGACGAGCUACUUCAGGAGCAGCGCGCAGACAUGGACCAGUUCACCGCCUCCAUCUCUGAGACCCCCGUGGACGUCCGGGUGAGCUCCGAAGAGAGUGAUGAGAUCCCGCCGUUCCACCCUUUCCAUCCCUUCCCAUCCUUACCUGAGAACGAAGACACUCAGCGGGAGUUGUACCACCCAAUGAAAAAAGGCUCUGGAGCGGGAGAGCAGGACGGAGGGCUGAUCGGUGCCGAGGAGAAAGUGAUCAACAGCAAGAAUAAAGUGGAUGAGAACAUGGUCAUCGACGAGACUCUGGAUGUUAAGGAAAUGAUCUUCAAUGCCGAGAGGGUCGGCGGCCUGGAGGCAGAGCCGGAAUCCGUGGGGCCGCUGCGGGAGGACUUCAGUCUCAGCAGCAGCGCGCUCAUCGGGCUGUUGGUCAUCGCCGUGGCCAUCGCCACGGUCAUAGUCAUCAGCCUGGUGAUGCUGAGGAAGAGACAGUACGGCACCAUCAGCCACGGGAUCGUGGAGGUUGACCCAAUGCUCACCCCAGAAGAGCGUCACCUGAACAAGAUGCAGAACCAUGGUUAUGAAAACCCCACGUACAAAUACCUGGAGCAGAUGCAGAUUUAAGCAGGAGAAAGCACGCAGCACCACCGGUUGGCGCAGGGUGGUGCAGGUGGGCCAGGAGAGGUCCGGCAUUUGGGAUCAACUACUGACCAGCAGUUGCUUCCAGAGGAUUUCACCUUCCGUUCAGACCUCCUGGAUCAUUAAGACUAUAAAGUACUACUGUAGAAUCACAAUUUCCAUUCUUUUAAAUGGGUGAAAAAUGUUAAUAUAACAAUAUAUGAUAUAUAAACCUUAAAUGAAAAAAAAAUGAUCUAUUGCAGAUAUUUGACUGAUGUAGUUUCUUUUUUUAAAUUAAUCAGAAAUCCCACUUCUAUUGUAUUGUCUCACAUAUGCUCUCUAAAUGGAAAUGUUGGUUUUUGGUGAUAGACUGUAUACGCAGGCCGCUCCAGCCGCAUUGUAUAAAUCACUCUUUAAGGCUCAUUCACUGUCCUGGUUUUUCUUAGGGAAAAAAAAAAAAAGCAGCAGCAGCUAAGGCAUUAUUCCCUUGUUAAAUGAGCUAGCUCUGGGGAAGUUGCCCAGAAACCAAGUGUGAUAGGGAACCGUAAUCGACGGCCAUUCAAGCUCAUCAUGAGACCCUCGCAAAGUUCUCUCAGAAGUCGCGUUCCCAGCACUGGGUACCCUGGUGUCAGCACGGAAGUUACAGGCGUGAGUCCGGCGUCCUUUGGCGAGCCCAAGGUAGACCGCUGAGGGCACCCGCACUGCUUUCCUUCUAAAUCCAGCUCUUCCACAGAAGUUAGCCUCUAGUCUGUGUGUGACGCUCUCCCGCUGUCUGCCGUUGACCUGCCGUAGCCUGUUCCUGCUCACCGCCCUCCAAGUGAUGUCCGGAUGUGCUGUCUUUCCCUCUUUGGACACUUUGCCCCCCGAAGGCACUGGCCCUCGGCCCUCCCCGUUGGACCCUGACCCCUCUGCGGCCCCCCUCCCGGCACCAGCCCCCCAGCUGUUCAGGAGCCCAGCGGGGGGCUGGCUAGUGUGCGCGAGGAGGACCCUCCACGUUGUACACGAAAUGCUCUGUAGACACCGUGGAAAGCUUUGGAGAUUGUUUCCUUCCCCCAAGUCUUUGUGAUGCUUGUAUAGUUGAGGAUGCUCACAGUUUUUUUUUUUUUUUUCUUUUUCUUCUGUUCUUUUUUCCUUUCAUUCUUUUUCUUUAUUUUUCUUUUAUUUUAGUCUGAAGGUUCUGGUAACCUGUGGUGUAUUUUUUCCUAUUUCCCUGUAACUUUUUUUUUCUUCUUCUUCCUCCCCUUCACCUUAUCCAUGUGUCUUCCCACUAUGCACAGAUAAACUUCACCUACAAACUCCUUAAUCUGAUCUGUGGAGAAUGUACAGUUUAAACACAUCAAUAAAUACUUUAACUUCCA